GGCAAUUCUUGAGACGAUGACUAAGGUCGAGUAAGAAAAGAUCAAACAUUUUCAAAUAAUGUUGACACACAGCUCGACGAUGAUGACAAAAAGUAAACAUGGUUCGCAACCGGGAGCACAAAAACAAGGUGAAAAGUAUAAAAAGUGAGAAAAAAAUGGUUAAGUUAAGUUGAAACAACUAUUCGAGACAACAUGUAUGUUAUUGAAAACCCGAAAGUUCCGAGUGUGUAUCAAAUUGAGGAAAACCUAAAAGCAGGCGUUGAAAUUGAAGUAAAUGGAGCUGUUUUGCAUGGGAAUGACAGGGAUUUUGCAAUCGAACUUCUCAGUGGUACCAAUAUAGUUCUCCAUGUUAAAUUUGAGUUCAAUGGAGAACAUUCAAUUGUUUUGAACAGUCUAAUAAAUGGCGAAUGGGGCCCUCAGCUCCGACAUAGCCACUUUCUCAAACGUCAUGAUCCUUUCCAUGUCAGAAUUUAUGUUCACGAGGGAUACUAUAAUAUAACUGUGAACAGUGAUCUAUUGGUUGAGUUUGAUCAUCGGUUCCCGGUCGUAGCAGUGCAAGGAAUUGGAAUCAAAGGAUCAGUCGAUAUUGAAUCAAUUGUGUUCAAAGGAUAUGAGUUCAAAACAGAGUGGAAAAAGCGUCAUGCAAUUGUAAAUGAGGCCGUGUGUGAAGCAUAUGAUACCGUGACAAACGCUCCAUCAGUUGUUCAAAUUGAGGGAACUCAACAUUAUUGAUUAGCUAUAUGUAUACCAUUAACUUACUAUUCCUGAAGAAACGUAUUAUAUGUUUUGUUUCCUGAAUAAAUACACAUAUCAAAAGUUUUGUUA